AUGAUCACAAACGUUUACAUACAGGCAAUUGCUUUUUUAGCCAUAAGCGUGUCAUUUUUUUCUUUUCCACACUUUUUUUUUCAAAUUUUCAUUAACGCAUUCAUUGUUUUUCUUGCCCCCUCUCUUCUUCCGACUUCCACUCUUUCUUCUCAAUAUUCCCUUUUUCCCCAUUCUUUCUACUCCCACUCUCUUUCUUCCACCUUGUCUUCUUUUUACUUCAGCUCACCUUUUUACUUGUUUCCACUCUCUCCAUUCUUCAUAUUCUUGCUCUUUCUUCUUCCCACUCUACAAGCGUAUCAUUUUUUUCUUUUCUACCUACUUUUUCUUCCUUUUCUACACUUUUCCACUUUUCAACCUCUGUCCUUCUUACACAUUCCUCUUCGAUCUUCUUCCUACCUUCAAUCUCCCUUCCUGUAUUUUCUCCCUCUCUAUUCUUCUAAUGACUACACUCCAUUCUCUCUACUCCACUUCCUUCUCCUACUUCCAGUUUCCCUGCCAUCUAUUUCCACUCUCUCCAUUGUUUUUACUCUCAUUCUCUCGUAUUCCCUCUUCCGCUUAUUUUUAUUCCCACUUUCGUUCCUUACUUUACUUUUCCACUCUUUACUUACAUUCUCUGUUCUCCCUACUCCAAUUCUCCAUUCUCCCACUCUCUCUUCUUCCACUCUCUAUAUACCCUACUCCCACUCUCCAUUCUUUCUAAUUACACUUUCUCUUCUUCCCAUUUCCGCUCACACUUCUUCCCACUUCUGA